CGCUUAGCCUGAAGCAUUGUGGGAUUGCAACAUUAGGACGGAAAGUGUAGUGGUAGGCUAUCAUGCAAAGAGAAUGAUCACUGUUUAAACCUAAACAAAUCAUUUAGCUAUCAUAUAUCUUAUCGAUUUCUAUUGCUCUUGAAGAUAAUUGUCAAGGUAAUGUGACUUCUAAACUCUUCUUUCUCUUAUCAACGCUCCAAAAGAGGUUAAACAAGGCGGCCAGGAAGUGACCAGCCUUUCUCACACGCGGAUUCUCGAGUCGGUGGCAAAGACAGAGAAACAUGGCUUUUACAGACCCCACAGGCUCAAGUCACACGUUUUUAAAGGCUGCAUCGCUACUGUAUCAAGACAUUUGUCCGGAGCAGUCACGUUUUCUCAUGGGGAGACACCAGAGAAUGAAAGCUCCAGCCAAGUUCCAGCCCAUCCCUGAAGAAGAGCUCUGUCCCUUCUGUUUCCAGUGGCGUCGCCCAGACAACCACCGCAUGCGGCUGCAUCCCAAGCGGCAUGCAUCGGUGAGGGUGCAGAGCGUGUUGCGGAGGGAGGGCAAGGGCAAGAGGCUCAGCCUGGCUCAGAUGGACAUCUUACGGAGGUUCAGGGGCUCCUCAUCAGCUCUGGUGGUUACAUGCCACACCUGUAACAGCACGUCCAAGCAUAACGGCGUCAACAGGAACUUCAUAGCCACUCUCUCCAAGAGCCACUGCACCCCCUGGAGCGCAGGCAAACACAAGACUCCCCAGUCCACCAACACCUCCAAAGACAAGACACCCUGCAGUACGCCAAGGUCAACCUCUAAGACCCCCGGUUCCUCCUCGGCCUCAAAGCCCGCAAGUGUGAAGAAGUUGGCCUUCUCCCGCCUCAAGAGGUUCCUCAUGCUGGAGGACAACCAAAAGACCAAGACCAAGGGAGGACUCAAAGACUUCCUCUCCUCCCUCUGAAUGACUGACAAACACUGGGCUCCGUUGCAUGGGCCCAAGAGUCAGCCAUGACACUGAACCAGUCUCUCUCUGGCCUGCUUAGAAUGGUCCUGCUGGAAUUCAGAACAACAAGGCUAUAGGGGGGAGGAGUCGGCUGUCAGUCAAUAAGCGCCACAGCGCCACCUGUUGAGUGAAUUAAAGGGGCAUGUUUUUUUUCUUCUUCACAUGCCACCCCCUAACUGCCCCUGGGGUCCCCCUUCUGUAGAGCUGUCCCAACUGCCCCUGGGGUCCCCCUUCCGUAGAGCUGUCCCAACUGGGAAUGGUCCCACAUCACUCAGGAAUUCCACUGUCCCAACUGAAUGGUGGGAGUGGCAUCGGAUGGCAAAGCUCACCCCUCUCUUCCAUGGCAUUUAUGAUGAGGCAAGCAAAAUAAAUGGUUUGGAGUUAUAGGAUGUUUUGAUUGAGAGGGUGAUUUUUAUUUGUUUACAAUCACAUUUAUGAUAAAUAGGACUUAGUUAAUGCUUGAGUUUCAUACUACUUUAUUACUUGGUUGUUGUCCUCUGGUUUUAAUUUUUUUCUGGGUUUAUUUUGGGGAACUCCACAGGGCAUGUCUUCUUGAAACUCUCCCUCUUGUUAGAUCACCAGCCAGGUAGUAAGAAAUGAUCAGCCCUAUCUUAUGAUCACUGUGCCAAACACAUGUUUGUUUACUGAUGGUUUUGAGAAUCAUAUUUGGGUGAAUCGGACACAUCAACUGUUUAUAAUGAAAUAGACGAUAGGCCUGAAACUUGUGAUGCGAUUUAACUACAUUUUUUUAUUUUACAAUAGUUCUGUUUCUUGUUAUUGAUGGUUUUCAUUUUAUCUGUUAGUAUGUUCAUAUUCACAAUUACUAUUAGACUGCAUGUUGUAAUGGCUGCUUUGAUCCAACACAAUUUAUAACAAAGAUUUUCUUUGGUUGUAAUUAAUCCAAUGUGUGGGUCUGUAUCAUUGCAUAUAAUCCUGAAUUACCUCACACAUUUAUAUUCCUUCUACACUUUGCUUCUCUGAAAUAAACUUUCUCAAUUUAAA